CGUUCGCUCUCCGUUCACAGGUAAACGUAGAGCGAACGACCGUGGGUUUCCGACGAUGGUAUUCGGUUUGACAUUUUAUAUAUAUAUAGAGAGAGAGAACUUUGAUAUUUCACAUGAGUAUUCCUUGUGACAAGACCUUUCCAUGGGUACUAAACUUUUUGACCUUGGCAUUUGACCUACUUUUAAAAGAUUUGACAUUGGUCAUAACUUCUAAAUGGUAAAUAUUACAGCUUUCAUAAUACACAUGAGCAUUUCUUGUGACAAGAUCUUUUUACUGGUACCAAGAUAUUUGUCCUUGUGACCUCGGCCAUCUUCGGAAUCGGGGGUAUUUGUGUUUCACAAACACAUCUUGUUAUACAUGAAAUACUACUUUGGUACAAUUAUAAGAACUUUCGAGAGAAAAGAAUCCCGCAAAAUUAAGAAUAGUUCAAUACAGGAACGAACUGUGCAUGACUAUAGUGCAUCAGUAAAAACACGUGAUUUGAUAAUCCUGCAUGGUAGAAAUACAUAUUUGGAUAACUUUUACGUUUUGAGAAACAAGGUUUUGUGAGUUUGAUGAUGACGCGUAGCGGGCGGACAAUCCUGAGGAUUGAUGAUUAGACGCUUUAUCUAACUCGUCAGUAUUGAUGUUCAUACCUCGGUAUGAAUCAUUUCACCAUGUUUACGAGCACAGCGUAACACAUAUACCCCAAGGCUUCAAGACUUAUCAACAGGUUACAUUUUGUACUGACGAUAAUGGUAGGAAGAUAUCAUGUCGUAUUUUUAUCCUUUUGGUUUGUGAUUCUGUGUGCUAAAAUGGUAGACGCAUUCGGUUCAGGUGCGCCGCCUAUGACGUCAGUUUGUGAGCAACGUCAGCCCCUUCAUCAGUCUGAUGGGAAAAUAAUUCAACCACAAAUUGAUAACCCCCCUGUCUCCAUAGCAACGAAUGUUAGCAUGGCAAUAGGAGAUGACGUCAUCGAAGUUAUAGUGAACUCCAAGCUGAAAAAUAUUAAAGGCUUUCUAGUAGAAGCUAUGACGGAAACCAAGGGGCUUUUUUCGGGUGGAGAAUUUCUGCCAUCCAAUGAAGCGAAACGGGUCCAAUGUUCCAGGAAACAAAGGAUGGUGACACAUACUUCAUCUUCUCCAAAGCGAGACAUCACAUUGUUUUUCCGAGUGCCAAAUAUCACUGCCAAUUAUCGGUUCAGUGCAACAGUACUGCAAUCAUACCGGGUUUACUGGGUGAAUGUAACAUCCUCAUCAGUUUCAGUGACGCCAUCAAAUUCUACAAAAAGCAGCUCGGAUUUAUCAAGAAAGUGGCUGAAGAGUGUUGUUCAAACUGCAAAAACCACGAACCGUGGAGCAGAGCAACUAAAGAGCAACAUCCGUUCCAGAUUUUCUAUGGGCUUCGAUGGCGUAAUGAACAAAGAAAAUGUAAUGGCCUCUAAAGAAAUACUCACCUCUUUACCAUAUACAAUGGCCGAGAGACCGCUUAAGGAGAAUCACUCCGAGCAAGAUCAGUCACAAAGUAUGGAGAGAGCGAUUGCGAAUUUCCUUCGUGGAAACCUAAAUUACACAGACACAGUAGAUACCUUCCUUCAAUAAAAUUUUAUUAGAUCA